CAGCGCGCAGAGGGUGGGCCGAUUUGGGACAACGGUUCGCUUCGUAGCACCGGAAGAAGUAAGUAGGGAGCCACAAUCAGGGUGCCUGAGGUUCAGCCGCAGCCCCAGAUACGGGCUAUGUCAACCUUCUUUGGACCCCGCCAGGUAUCUUAUUUUUGUUCUGGUCCAUUUUCUCCGUCGUGAAUCUUCCACACUCUUCUGCUUUGAUACUCUUCUCCUAUCUCUCAGUCAGUUUUUAUCAGUGCCACUUCGUCCCACCACACGAAGACACUGAAUGUCACUCAGCCUCGUCCAAGGACUCGAAAUCCAGGAGACACAAGGACAACUCAUUGGAUAGUGAUAUUCUGUUGGCAUCGGGGAAAUCAACUUGGAAAAGAAUAAAAGAGAAGAAAGUCAAGAUGCCUUUUGUAAAGCAACCACCGCCAGUCGCAACCUUUGACCCAAGUUCACCGGCACCACCACCACCCCCAUAUACAGUCGGACCAGUACAACUUCCUACGCCGACACCACCACCACAACCCAAGACCGCCUUCGCACCCCCUAUGCAACCAGGCAACUUCCCGCAAGGUCAAAUACAGUCCCAGAUGCAGCAACAACAACAGUUCCAGCCGCAGCAGGCCCAAUUCGUCCAGUCACCGCAAGGUCAAAACUCACAACCGCCAUUCGCACAGAAUCCAGCAAUGCAACAACAGUUUCCAAUGGCCCAACAGCCAUACCAAGGAGUACCGAACAUGACUCCUCAGCAAGUGCAGCAAGUUCAACAAGUGAUACAAAAUAUGCCUCCUGAGAAACUCCACAUGGUCCAGCAACAGGUCCAGCAAAUACUACCUCCACAGCAAAUGAUGAGUCCGCAACCACAAGGCAUGAUGAUGUCGCCUCAGCCCAUGCAACAACAGCCACCUCCAGCCCAGAGACCGCAAUUUACAACCACCGCCCCAUCAGGGCUCUUCGGGUCCAAACACACCCCCAGCCCUGGCAGCGGCCCCCAGGAUGCGCAAAAGUCAGAUGGCGUAAAGCGUUUCUUUGGCGACACGCUUUUCGGCCGCGUAGCACGCUCUUCGGUUCAAACCGCCACUUCCAUGGCAAAGAUGCCAACCGCCCUGAGUCCCUGGGGAGAUAACAACCCCGUUACGCUCCCCAACGUCCGCUACCGCGACGCUGUGCUCUUCACGACUUUCGCCUUUGUCGGUGGUCCGCUUGUCGACGGAAUCGCAGACGGCGUAACCAGCACCUUUGGAGCCGACAGCUUCAUCUCUGAGAUUAUCAGUUCUGGCGCUGGCGCCAUCGCUGCGUCCACUGUGCUCAAGUACUCGGUCUUUCAGAUCGUAGAGCAGGCUAUUGACAAGGGCAUCAUCGAGCACAUGCUUCCCGAAGAGGAGAAGAUGCUGCAGACGACCAAUGUGAAGAGUCUGCAAGUGGGCAUCAAGCAUAAGCUCAUGGGUGUGGACGCGGAUCUGAGGUUUGUGGGCAUGUACCCGACGAGGAAUACGCAGGCGUGCGAGAAGGGCUGGUUCUGUCCGUAUCUGUUUUCGAGUGCGCGGACACCUUCUGUUCCAAGAGCAAAUGAAUUCGCCAUUGCACAGUCUUUUGGCCCGUUCCUCGGUGGGGACUACCUGCUCGCUCACAAACUCCUCUCCGAAUCUGCCACUACGCUCAGCAUGUGUGAAGCCAACCCCCAAAUCGACAUUGGCACAAAUCGCCUCCUCAUCCUCUUCACCGCCAUCUCUCCCUUUCGCGCAAACAUGUGGAGUACAUCGCGCCGCCCAGGCUGCGGCACAAUCGUCUUCCACCUCCUCGACGGCUGUCCCGCCCUAGUCAUCCCCGUUACGAAACGCUCGCCCAUUACCGCAUGGUCGCCAUGGACGUUGAGCCAAAUGCGCCAAGCUCAGUACUCUGCACAACCUCCUACACCGGGAAGUGGCAUGUAUAGUGCCGAAUGGCAGCACGAGCAGAUUUGCGAGUGGCUCGAUACUAUCAUCAGUGUGCCGCAUGUAAAUCCUUCAUUGAGAGACCGCUACGUCGAUGUUUUGGGUAGAAGUGUGAGUCUGGUCAUCAACGGCGCUUUAGCGCUGGAUAAGUGUCAGCCGCUGUUGGGGAAGCUGGAUCCCGAGAGAGCCGGUAUUUGUAUGUUCCGGUACUGAGAUUAGAGAAUGGUGGAUAGGCGUCGUGGUCGAAGAUUUGAUACCCUUGGAACGUUAUUUCGUUUUACUUAUCAUGUGAAUUGCAAGCAGGUUGCAAGGGCACAGGCAGAUCAAAUACUGAAUUCAAGUAAAGGAAACA